GCAGCCAAUCAAUCAGCCAUGGCCAUGUCGUCGUCGCUAGCAGUAGAAGCUGUGAUGAUGGCCUUGUUAUUAGCGCUCGCCGUGGUUGCCGCCGCAGCCGGGCAGCCGACGAAGACGGUGAACCUGACCCUCCACAACCUGUGCCCGUACCCGGUGUGGCCACUGGUGACGGCGAACGCGGGCGUGCCCUCCGUCCCCACCGACGCCGACGGUGAGCCCGUGGGCGGCCGCCUCGACGGCAACGGCUCGGGCCUGGCGACGCUGGCGUUCCCGCUGGGUCCGUGGUUGGGACGCGUGGUGGCGCGCACAGGCUGCGCCCCCGUCGACGACGGCGACGGCGAGGACGACGCCGUCGUGGUCGGGAGGUGCGCGACGGGGGACGCGCCGCCGGUGACGGUGGCGCAGGUGAGUGUGGGCGGGCCGGAGGGCCGGGCGGCGUACAGCGUGAGCCUCGUCGACGGCUUCAACGUGGCCAUCGUCGUCACGCCGCACGGGUUCCCCGAGGGCCACCGGUGCCCCACGCUCGGAUGCGCCGCCAACCUCGCCGCCGAGUGCCCCGUCGGAGCCCGGGGGCCGCGGGGAGGGUGCGGCGGCGCGUCGUCGUCGGAGGCGGCGGCGUGGUUCAAGGCGCGGUGCCCCGACACAAGGACGAACGCCACCGACGUCGAGGCCACGCCGCAGGACUGCGUCGCGCCCGGAGAGAUCAAGGUCGUCUUCUGCCCCAACCCAGACAGCGUCGCCGGCCACCAUGCUUCUUCACUAGCGUAGCAUUGUCAGUGUUGAUGGUCAUCAGUGGAAUAAGAAAGCGACACCUGCUGCAUGCUUGUGCGCGCAUGCACUGGAGGGGGAUUAAUUAGUGGUGAUUAGUAUUGAGAUUAAUCGCAACAUUUUCUAGCUAUAGGUAAUUUGGCAGUGAUAUUAGUGACUUAAUGGAAUAUGAGAUCAUGGUUCA